AUGAUUUGGAUACUUCAAGUCUUGUUCUCACCACUCCCAACACCAGCAUUGAUUAGUCUUAUUGUAUUUGGAGCUGGCAUCUUCCUGUGGGUGAUAAGCAGGCCAAAACCUGUUUUGCCUCCUGUUGACUUGAACAAGCAGUCAAUAGGAAUUGAGGGAGGAGCCAGAAGAAGUGCACUCAUGACAGAUAAUAACCUGCUUUCUUACUACUUUGAUGAUGGUAAAACCUUGUAUGAAGUUUUCCAGAGAGGACUGCGUGUUUCUGGAAAUGGCAGCUGUUUAGGCUAUAGAAAACCCAACCAACCUUAUCAGUGGCUGACAUAUAAACAGGUUUUGGACAGAGCUCAAUACCUGGGAUCAGGACUUCUGCAAAAAGGAUGCAAACCAUCAUCAAACCAGUUUAUUGGCAUUUUUGCUCAGAAUAGGCCAGAGUGGAUCAUUUCAGAGUAUGCCUGCUACACUUACUCAAUGGUUGCUGUUCCACUUUAUGACACUCUGGGGCCAGAGGCCAUUGUAUAUAUUGUUAACAAAGCUGACAUAAGCACAGUGAUCUGUGACAAGCCUGAGAAGGCACAGAUCUUGCUUGAGAACUGUGAGCGAGAAAAGACCCCACGUCUGAAGACUGUCAUUCUCAUGGAUCUCUUUGAUAAAGAGCUCAAAGACAGAGGAGCUAAAGUGGGAGUUGAAAUUCUAGCGCUGCAGGAGGUUGAGGAGCUGGGAAGAAACAACAUCAGAGAACCAGUUCCUCCUAAGCCUGAAGAUCUUUGCAUCGUGUGUUUUACCAGUGGAACCACAGGUAACCCUAAAGGAGCCAUGCUGACACAUCAAAAUGUUGUCGCAAAUGCUGCUGCCUUCCUUAGAAGCACAGAGAACAUAAUUGAGUGUACACCUUCAGAUAUCACCAUAUCCUAUCUUCCCUUGGCUCACAUGUUUGAGAGAGUUGUACAGACUGUGACCUACAGCUGUGGAGCAAAAGUAGGCUUCUUCCAAGGAGACAUCAAGUUGCUAACAGAUGACAUGAAAACCUUGAAGCCAACACUAUUUCCAGUUGUACCAAGACUGCUCAAUAGAAUAUAUGACAAGAUACAAAGUGGUGCAAAGAGCCCAGUGAAACGUUGCCUGUUAAACUUUGCUGUGAUUGUGAAGAUGGCUGAAAUAAAACAGGGCAUAAUUCGAAAUGACAGCAUUUGGGACCAGCUAAUCUUCAAAAAAGUUCACGAAACCAUGGGUGGAAGAGUGCGUAUAAUGGUAACUGGUGCAGCCCCUAUAUCUCCUUCUGUCCUGACAUUUCUUAGAGCAGCAUUGGGCUGUCAGAUCUUUGAAGGUUAUGGCCAGACUGAAUGCUCAGCUGGAUGCACUUUCUCAAUGCCUGGAGACUGGACAACAGGCCAUGUUGGAGCCCCUCUGGCUUGUAAUAUCAUAAAACUAGAUGAUGUGGAAGAAAUGAACUACUUCUCUUCUAACAAUGAAGGCGAGGUCUGCAUUAAAGGAUCAAAUGUGUUCAAGGGUUAUCUGAAAGACCCUGAGAAGACAGCAGAAGCAAUUGAUAAAGAUGGCUGGCUCCACACUGGAGACAUAGGAAAAUGGUUGCCAAACGGAACACUGAAGAUCAUCGAUAGGAAGAAGAAUAUAUUUAAACUUGCACAAGGAGAAUACAUUGCUCCAGAGAAGAUAGAAAAUGUCUAUAUCAGAAGUGCUCCUGUAGCCCAGGUCUUUGUACAUGGGGAAAGCCUGAAGUCUUUUCUAAUAGGUAUAGUGGUUCCUGAUCCUGAGACACUUCCAGCAUUUGCAGCAAAACUGGGAAUAAAAGGUUCCUAUGAAGAUGUGUGCAAAAAUCCAGCAGUGAAGAAAGCUAUUUUAGAAGAUAUGGUCAGACUGGGGAAAGAGGCUGGUCUUAAAUCCUUUGAACAAGUUAAAGAUCUGUACAUCCACACAGAGAUGUUCUCUGUAGAAAAUGGACUGUUGACACCAACACUGAAGGCAAAGCGAGCAGAGCUUGUUAAACUCUUCCAGAACCAGAUUGAAGCCCUCUAUUCAAGUAUGCAGGAAUAAGUGGCUAA